AUGGAAGACACCACAAGUGACAAAGAUGCUGCUGAUUGCAAAAAUGUCGAAUUGACAGAUGAUGGAGUGAAGGAUCGUUUCGACGCUCUUUCCAUCAUUACAGAGGUACGACUGAGAAAUCCAAACUUACAAAACCAGGAUUAUCUGAGUAGCCGAUGGAAAGAGUAUGUGUUUGUUGGGUUUUGCAUGAUGUCACAGUUAUUAAAUCAGGCGGCAAUGACUCAAGCGAAUCCGCUGUUUAACGUUAUAUCUAACGAUCUUGAAGCUGGUAUUUCACAGCAGACUUGGCUCAUGGCUGCUUUCCCAAUGGUCUCGGGAUCAUUUAUUCUGAUAAGUGGGAAAGUGGGGGAUAUAUACGGUCUAAAAAAGACGCUCGUUGGGGGCUACGUCACGGUCAUAAUCUGGUCGUUGAUAUGUGGCUUGUGCUCGUACGCUCAUAAUGUCGACUUUUUCAUUGUUGCAAGAGCAUUUCAGGGAUUAGGAAUUGCCUUCGUUCUUCCUAAUGUGAUGGGCGUUGUGGGCAACGUAUAUGUUCCCAACACCAGGGCCAAAAAUAUGGUCUUCAGUCUGAUAGGCGCAUGUGCUCCCAUUGGAGCGACACUUGGGUGCGUUUUCGCUGGAUUGAUUGGAAGCAGUACGAGAACGUGGGCAUGGGCUUUUUAUGCUCAUGCAUUGACAGCAGCAUUGAACUUGUGCGUUGGAGUCUGGAUUAUUCCUAGCAAUAUUCCUGUAAAUGUCCAGCGACACAAAAUGGACUGGCUGGGCUCAUUUCUGGCUGUUGUCGGCCUUAUUAUGCUGAAUUUUGUUUGGAACCAAGCUCCGAUCGACGGCUGGAACCAAGCUUACUUGAUCGUUCUUUUGGUGGUAUCUCUAAUUUUGCUUAUCGCCUUUGUUUUUUACGAGCUUCGCUAUGCAAAAGACCCAUUGCUGCCGCCGGUUGUGAUGCACAAUCGCCGCAUUUUGAUGAUUUUGUCUUCGCUAUUUUUCGGGUGGGGCUCAUUUGGCAUUUGGACGUUUUACUACAUGUCGUUUGUUUUGAAUCUAAGACACUAUUCACCGCUGUGGGCGGGUAGUACCUAUUUUAUGUUUGUGAUAUGGGGGAUCAUUGCAGCUUUAUUGGUGGGUUAUACACUUCAUAUAUGCGGUCCGGCGCUCAUUCUAUUUGCAUCAAUGGUUGCUUUCAACUGUGGAUGCAUAAUGCUAUCUGUGACCCCGGUAGAUCAAAGCUACUUCAGAAUGACGUUGGGGAUCAUGAUUAUAUUGAGUUUUGGGAUGGACUUGUCCUUUCCAGCGUCAUCCAUAAUCCUGAGCGACGAACUACCUAGGGAAUCUCAAGGUAUGGCAGGCUCUUUGGUAAGCACAAUGGUUAGUUACUCAAGCUCGAUCUGUUUAGGCAUGGGUAGUACUGCGGAGCAUUAUGUCAACAGAGAAGGUGAUAAUUUGCUGGAGGGUUACAGAGCUGCUCUAUAUGUUGGAAUAGGUCUCGCAUCUGUCGCUGUUUUGAUCAGUGGCCUGUACAUGAUUGAGAGCGGGUGGAAACUUCGAGCUCAGAAGCGUAGUGAGAUGAGAAAUAAAGGGAAUCACCAGUGCUAA